AUGAUCUUCACUCCGCCAGCAUGGGGCCCCGAGAUGAUGGCCAUCCCCGACUCCACCCCCAUCCACGAGUUCCUGAUCCAACGCGACAACCGCCACCUAUACAACUGGUCGGAGGAGAAGCCCGCGCUGACCUGCGCUGUCUCCGGACAGUCGUACACGAUCAAGACCAUUGCUUCGCGGGUUGAGAGCCUCGCGCGCAGUUUGAGCCAGGAGCUCGGAUGGACUCCGAACGACGGGUCGCCGUGGGAGAAGGUCGUGGGAAUAUACAGUUUCAACACGCUCGACUUCCUCGUUGCCUCGUGGGCCAUCCACCGCGUCGGCGGCAUCUGUCUGCUCAUGCACCCGACCAGCUCUGCCGCCGAGAUCAAGCGACACAUUGAACUGACUGGAUCGCGCGUUCUGUUCACAUGUCGCUCGUUGCUGGCUACUGCCAACGAAGUGCUCUCAGAGAGUAGUGUCCACGAUCCGAGGGUCUACCUGCUCGAUCUGCCAGACGAGCUCGGGGCCGCGGCGCUGCCAGACCAGGGCCAGAAGACAGUUGGCCAGCUUAUUAGAGAAGGAGAAACCCUGCCAACAAUUGAAGCCCUGCAGUGGACACCCGGCCAAGGUAAAGAGCAGGUUGCAUACUUGUGCCCGACGAGCGGCACCUCAGGACUCCAGAAACUCGCCAUGAUCACACACCACAACAUCAUUGCAAACAUCAUCCAAGCCACCACCUUCCAAGCCGGUCCGAAGAACGGCAAGACCGAAGUAGCCCUCGGCUUCCUCCCCCUCAGCCACAGCUACGGCCUGAUCCUCGCCCACCUGACGGCCUGGCGCGGCGACACAUACGUCCUGCACGCGCGGUUCGACAUGCAGGCUGCACUGGCCUCAAUCGAGAAGUACAAGAUCGAGCGUCUGUACCUCGUCCCUCCGAUCAUCUCGGCGCUCGUUAAUAACCCCUUCCUCCUGGAACUCUGCGAUACUUCCUCUGUUACUUCUGUUGUAACGGGCUCAGGACCCUUUGGAGCGCGUCUGGCUGAGGCGUUAAGCCGUGUUCGUCCGUCGUGGCAGGUUCUUCCUGGAUAUGGCCUCACCGAAACCGCCGUGAUAAUCUCCUUCACCGACCCAAACGCCACAUACCCCGGCGCAGACGGACAUCUCGUCCCCGGGGUGACUGCAAAACUAAUCGACGCCGACGGGCACGAGGUAGACUCCUACAACUCCCCCGGCGAACUCCUCCUCAAAUCCCCCAGCAUCAUGAAAGGAUACCUCGGGGCCGAGUCCGCCACAGCCGAAGUCUUCGACGCAGAAGGCUGGCUGCGAACCGGCGACAUCGCGGUCUUCCGACACAGCACGGCGAACGGGGGAACGGCGCACCUCGACAUCGUCGACCGCAAGAAGGACAUCAUGAAGGUUAAGGGGAUGCAAGUGGCCCCUGUGGAAAUCGAGGCGCAUUUGUCGGCGCACCCGGCUGUGGCCGAAGUCGCGGUUAUCGGCGUGCGCGACGAGGAUGCCGGGGAGAGGCCGUAUGCGUUUAUCGUGCGGUCGCCGAAGAUGGCUGAGAUGGACGAGGAUGCGUUACGGGCUGAGUUGAAUGGGCAUGUUGAGGGGGCGCUGAGCGAGCCGCAUUGGCUGAGGAGGAAUAUGCGUUUUGUGGAGGCGUUGCCGAAGAGCAGUAAUGGGAAGGCGUUGAAGUAUAAGCUGAGGGAGAGUCUGGGUGCUUGA